CCGUCACCGUCAGUUCAGGUCAAGUCGAAUUGGGCCGGACCAACUGCGCCUGCAACCUUCAGACCACCACACCUCACACACCACAUCAGUGACCACACACACUUUAAGACGACCUGACGGACGACUUUUGCGCCGCCCACCUUCCCACACCCCCGACCCCAGCAAUUAUUUCUCUGCCACGCGCGCAAUUUUGGGGGUUCCCGCCGCUCAAUUCUCAUCUCUCAACUUUUUCCUUCCUCUUUUUUUUUUUUCAACAAACCUCUCCUUCCUACCUUCUUCCUGUUGUUCGAAGAUCGAAUCCUCACCUGCCCUUUCCUUCACAUUGUUCCUGCCGACAACGAGGCACUCGCACCGAACCGAGUAAUUCUAAUUGCCCCUCUUUCGAAAAGAAGCAGCCCUCAAAUCCAUCACAAUGGGCACUUACAAGUUUACCUGGGCUCAUCCGGCCGAGGAGGUUUAUGUUACCGGCACUUUCGACAACUGGACUAAGAGCGAGAAGUUGGAAAAGGUCGGCAGCUCUUUCGAGAAGACCGUCACACUCGCCGACGCAUCGGAGAAGAUCUACUAUAAGUUUGUCGUCGACAACAAUUGGAUCACAGACCACACUGCUCCUCAAGAGCCUGAUCACGAGGGCAACGUAAACAACUUCCUGACCCCCGACCAAAUCGUCAAGGAGGACACUACCGCCGCAAUCAUGAACACUGUUACCCCCGAAUCUACUACCGCCGCCUUGGCCAAGGACGUGCCUCUCGAGAAGGAGGAGCUUCCCCAGGCUACCCCCUCCGACAUUCCCGGCGGCUUUCCCGUCACCCCCGCCAAUGAGCUUGACAAGUUCAUCGGCGUGAAUCCUAUCCCCGCCCAAGAUGUUACCGCCGAGCCCGUAACCGUCGCACCUGGCGAACCCCUUCCCGCAUCUGUCAAGGCUGGCGAUAUCAACGACCACGUCAAGCUUGACAAGGAAGGUUACGAGGACUCUAGCGCUCUGCCUGGCCUCUCCAAGGAGGAGACCACCGUCCCUGAGGUCACCAGCAACACAAUCCCUGAGUCCAGCUUGCCCAUUGGGACCGCGGAUGCCACCAUCAACAGUGCCGCACCCACAUCCACUACCGCUGCUCUGGCUGCUGAGGUUCCUCUUGAGACCAAGACUGCCGAGGUUCCCGAAGUUGUCAAGGAGAGCCAAGAGAAGGCUCACGCCGAGCCUGAGGCCAGUGCAAACCCCGAGGCUGUCCAGGAGAAGGCUAUUGUUGAGGACGAGCUCCUCGAAAAGGUCCCCACCGCUCCCUCGACAUCUGAGGGCACUGCCGGCUUCGGCACUCAGAAGACUGAGGCCGCUGGCGUCGUCGUUGCUACCGCUGCCACUGUUGGUGGUCUCGCUGCUGCCGCUGCCAUCAACGCCAAGGACACUGUAGUCGAGGCUGCUGCUCCUCACGUUGAGCAGGCUACCGUUGCCGCCACUGACGCCGCCGCUCAGCUCCCCGAGCCCGUCAAGGAGAGCCUGCCCGUGAGUGUUCAGGAGGCUAUCGGCGGUCAAACUAAGGAGGAGACCCGUGAAGAGGUCGCUCCCGAAGUUCCCACUGUGGUCAAGGAGUCUAUUGCCGAGGCCGGCAAGAGCCCCGAGGCUGCCGCCAACACCGAGGCCGUUAUCGAGAAGAAGGAGGUUGAGGCUGAGCUCCUCAAGGAGGUCAAGCCUGUCCCCGCCGUCGGUGAGGAGACCAAGGUCGAGGCCGAGAAGCCCAAGGUCGAGGCUGCCAAGGAGGAGGUCAAGGAGACCAAGGAAGAAGUUAAGGCCGCCGUCACCAAGGACGAGUCUACCAACGGUGCCAACGGCGUUCACACUACCGCCAACGGUACCAACGGCGCAACCCUCACCUCCACCAAGGAGCCCGAAGCCCCCACCACUCCCGCCAAGGCCCCCUCCUCCGUUCCCGAGUCAACGACACCAAGCAACACCAAGGCCGCCGAGAGCCCUUCGGGCACCGAGAAGAAGAAGAAGAACCGUCUGAGUGCCUUCAUCGGCAAGCUCAAGGCCAAGGUGCACAGCAAAUAA